CAGUAAACAUAUUUUACGCAUUAAAUUCAUUGGAAUGCUACUCAAACUCUUAGCAAUUUUUAUUUAUAUGACACAAACGAAAUGCGAAAUAGACAGACGCGUAAUCACAACGCUAAAGUAUUCCAAGUUUUACAUUAAACCCUUCGUUGUUAACGGUAAGCCAGCGUUGGUCGGUGAGGUGCCUUACCUGGUGUCGAUAAAAGAGCCGACGCGAAGGUUGGGUCACGGCAGAAUAGUCUGGAAGAAUCUUUGUGGCGGGAGUAUUAUCGAUGAAAUGAGAGUAUUAACAGCUGCCCACUGUUUUGAAGGUAAAAACUUCUUUUAUGCUCGUCACCCCAAGCUGCUGCGGUUAGUCGCUGGAAGUUUCCGAACCGACCUGACGCACUCGGGACGCACAGAAACAAACGUUAUAAACCAGUGGCGAACUAUUGACAGGGUGAUUCUGCACAAGCAUUUUAAUUUCCCGGACAACGAUAUAGCUAUCGUGUUUGUUGAUGCUCAAUGGCGCUUCAUACGCAAUGUCAACUUUAUCACACCGGCGAGGAGAGAAGCGGACUAUCCGCAAACGUGCACAUCGGCCGGUUUUGGCAGAACGGGCUAUAGUUUAAAAGACCCUAUAUCGCCUACACUUUUGGUAGCUCCGAUUUACGUGCUGACGAGGUGGCACUGCUCAAAAUUGUGGGAGAUGAACAUGAAUUCCUUCGUGUGCACCGAUUCGUCGGUGACCGACAUGUCUAGGGGUGACUCUGGGGGUCCUUUAGCGUGUAAGAAUACUUUGGACCCGGAAGAGCAGCCGGGAAGGGAGUUACUGGUGGGUGUUGUGAGCGGGAAGAACUUCGAUAAAACAACAUUGUACACCCGUGUCUCCGCGUAUCGAGAUUGGAUUGAUAAUAAUGGAAGUUUUGUAUUAUUGAGUAAUAUUGUUGUUGUUUUGAUUACACUUUUGUUGUCAAUAUAUCAUUUCUUUUAA